UUCGGGCUGCUUUACCAUACCAUCACACCACACAGCGAGCUUACACCGUUUAAAUAUAUAGAGAGUAUAUAGAUUCGUCUAGAGCCUGAGAUGUCGAGGGGCUACACUAUGGAGAACUAAUUUUACAUUGCUCUGAAACGGGAAAGAAAUAGUGCGUUUAGUAACACAUUAAGCGUUUGAUGCUGGGCGGCAGAGGUUAAGAGAGUCCGUUAUUUUGUGUAUCGGUGACUCUGAUGUGGAAUCUGUAAAAUUGGUGGACUCGUGUUGCACGUUGUGGUACUACAGUUAUUUAUUAAAUAUGACUUUGCGCAUGCACGUCGAGCAAUGCAUGCUGCAAAUUUGGUUUGUGCGCAUAAUUGAGCGAAUUUGUCAAUGUGUAGUAGGCUAGCCCAGGAAAUCCGAACAUCGAAGGGAUGAACCGAAAGAACCGAUACAUAGCUGUCUUUUAAUCUCGCUAUACCUUUUCUAAGCCGCUGCAUUUCAGACGCGUACGCGCACUGGGGAAGCUCGUGAACGCGCGUAUCGGUUUUUGAAUGGCAAAAGGGCAAUCGCCGUGUCGUCUCCUAUUCGUGCAAGGUUGCGUUAUGAAAAAGACUGCUUGUGACAGCCGAGCUCUGCUUAUGAGAGAUAGGCUGCUGCUGUGUAUAUGAAACAGCACGAAAACACAUCUCAGUUGUGCUCUAUAGGGAACUGAACGCUGAACGCUUUGGGAAGGAUGCUUUGGACGCACGUAAAAAAUCACAACCAGCGCAAUGAAAUAAUAAGAAAAAAAUGAACAAAAUUCUAAUCGGAUUGUUUUUUUCUGCUGAGAUCUAUCAGGGAGGUGCUGAAAUCUAUUUGCACUCAGUUCCACGUGAUUGGCACACUUGACAGUGAUUGACAGGAGUCCAUGGAAACUACGCAACCAAUCUGCCAGCUCCAAUAGAAAAUCAGACGAGGACAGGACGUCUUUUUUCACCCCCCCUCCUCAAAAAUAUCUCCGUUCCUGUGCUAUAUUCUCGUUCACUCGGGCUCCCCGUAUCUCCUGCAGAGGCUGCUGCCGUCAGCCAGCCAGAGGGGCACCCUCCUUUCCUCAGCAGCGUCUAACUGGCUCGUCUGCUGGCUCUGAGAGAGGGAGAGCGAAAAGGAGAGAGGGAGUGAGAGAGAGAAAAGGAGAAGACCGCGAGGGGGGGAGAAAGCACACACAGAAGCCUUCAUGUUUCAGCUGCCAAUACUGAAUUUCAGUCCCCAGCAGGUAGCGGGGGUAUGCGAGACUCUGGAGGAGAGCGGGGACAUCGAGCGCCUCGGCCGCUUCCUCUGGUCGCUGCCCGUCGCGCCCGCUGCCUGCGAGGUACUCAACCGAAACGAGUCCGUGCUGCGAGCUCGCGCCAUCGUGGCCUUCCACACCGGGAACUUCCGAGAGCUCUAUCACAUCUUGGAGAACCACAAGUUCACCAAAGAAUCCCACUCCAAGCUGCAAGCACUGUGGCUGGAGUCACACUACCAGGAGGCAGAAAAACUGCGAGGGCGCCCGCUGGGGCCGGUGGACAAGUACAGGGUGCGCAAGAAGUUCCCGCUACCCAAAACUAUUUGGGACGGCGAACAAAAGACUCAUUGCUUCAAAGAAAGGACCAGGCACUUGCUGCGAGAAUGGUACUUGCAGGACCCUUACCCGAACCCGAGCAAAAAGAGGGAGCUCGCACAAGCUACGGGACUUACACCCACCCAAGUGGGCAACUGGUUUAAAAACCGAAGACAAAGGGAUAGAGCAGCGGCCGCGAAAAACAGACUACAACAACAGGUGCUGUCCAACGGCUCGGUUCCUGGCGAAGAGGGAGCCGUGGACCGGCUGGGCAGCGCGUCGAGCCCAGAAGCCAGUCUGUCUAGCAAAGCUGCUGCUUCAGCCAUCUCCAUCACAUCGAGUGACAGCGAAUGUGACAUCUAACGUCGUCUCGUCGGGGGCAAAGUGGGAAGACUGGGAGAGCACGAACACCUUAAGAAGAAAACGGAGACAGACAAUCACAAAGAUAAACAAGCACAUCAGUGCCUGCCUUAACGUAUCAAAGGCCGUGUUCUUUCUUUCUUUUUAUUUCUUUCUUUUUGUAAUUAUUUGAUGGCUGUCAGACCAGCCAGGGAUGGACGGAAUGCUCUAUCUUUAAAAUGUAUUUAUCUUUUUUCAUAACCAACACAGAGAUGAUCCUUUGGGGGACAUAAAAAUAGACAGAGAAAGAGAGAGAAAAAGAAGAGAUAGCUAGAAAGAGGGAAAAGAGUGGGAGAGCAGAGGAGAGGAAGAAAGCGAGAUCCUGUCCGCGUACAAAUUACUUUUGUAUGAAGCAAAACCGGAUGCCUCAAUGGAACAGGACAAACACAAAACAGGAGACCAUAUUUUUUGUUUUUGAAAAGGACUUCAUGUUGAAUCGACAUUUUACCAUUUAUCACAUUUUCUAAGAUGUUUAUGUAUUAAAAAAGUUGUUGCUCUUAUAGAAA